CGUGAAUUGGAUGGAUCAGUGGAAUGACCAAGGACGUGCCACCAUCGCCGCCAAAGAAGAAAGCCGUCAAGGCGGCGCACGUGGCGGGAUGUCCGCUUCGGGAAUCGAUGAUCCAUUUUGUGGGUAACCUCCGUUCGUUGGACUCGUGGAAGAAAGAGGAGGAACAGCUCGCGCCGCAGGUCGCCCAGCUCGAAAUGACCAACUCGCCGUUCGUCAAGAGCCCCGUGUGUCGUUCGAGCGACGUGCCGCAGCUGCUCGAGUUCAUGGCCGAGUCUGUCGUCCAAAUGAAUUUUCUCAUUUGUUUGCCUUCCAUCGAGCGUUGCCUGGCCGAAUGGUGGCGCGCGAUCUCACACGGCGCAGCGCUAAUGACGCCGUCCAUGCUCACGGCCAUGUACUCUGGGCUGGCGUCCGUCCUGCUCGAGGCGCGCACUCCCAACUUACAACAAAGCGGCGUCAAAAUCCUCAUGCGAUGCAAGUGGUGCAAAUGGGACAAGUGGGUCGCGGCGGCCGACCCGCCGCUCACCGAGAUGGACAUGCAUCAGCUCAUCUUCCAGCUCGGGUACCUGUGCGUUCCUUCCGACUUGCUGCACGACUACGUUGCGUUUUUUCAAUCGACGCUGCGUAAACUGACCACCCACGUCGACAAGCACGGCGGCGCGUCGAAAGCGAGCAUCUCGGAGCGCCGCCUCAGCCGCCUCCAGCACAUGGAGAGUCGCGACGCCACCAAGAACCGUCCGUCCCAGUGUAUUGUGCUGCAUCCCGCCACGUCGGCGCAACAUGGUGAAUAUGAUGGCACGGACGACGGCGUCGGCGGAACGCUGCGAAGGUCGACGAGCAGCGCGGUGAUACCGAAGAUGACCCCCAUGACGGUGACGCAGUUUCGCCACGUCCGGACAAAGCCGUUGUCGUCCCAAGUGCUCGUGGCCGACCUGGGGCUCCUCCUGCCGCAGUUUCAGAACAAGUUUCACGUCGUAGACGCCAUGGCGGCCGCAUGCCGACCGCUCGAGUAUGCGCCGCCCAUGCGCAUUGAUCCAGUCCCGUGGAUGAACCCCAAGAUCCACAGCACUACCCACUCGAUGGGUAAGCGGACGGACCGAACCAUGUCGACAGCCCCACUACUACUACAGCCUGCGACGACGCUGGACGACAUCGAGAGGCUUGUGACGCAGUGCACGCGCACCAUGCACCAGAAUAGUCUUCGUGAGCAUCCCGCCACCAACACUUGGGCAAAGCAGCGUGACAAGGACGACGACCUCCUGCGCAGGAGCAUGUCGCACCCAUUGUUGCGUCAACGGCGGCAGCUCCGGAAUUGAUUCCACAUCUGGUAGCUCGGCUAUUUAUCAACCAUUCACCCA